AUGUCGUACAACACCCUUGAAGAUACAUUCAAGAAUAGGUUGCUCCAACAAGAGUCUAUCCAUGAGGAUGGCAGCAUUACUUGCCCAUCGAUUGAGCUGGGUGGCUACAGUGACACCAUGUUGAACUUGAUAUACACAUCUCCUUUUAGCCGGUCCAAAGAGCUCAGUUCAGAAUGUGAGCUAAAUGUUGUAGGCUAUCAUUCUGGAGUGAAGGAUGCUCAUGCUCAUGGCUCUUCUGUACCAGUGUAA